AAUUCAAUGUUUGAAAAGAAAAAUUUCUUAUCGCGAUUAUAAAAUUUUAAUGAAUAAUUUCUCUUCUAAUAAAAAUUUAAAUCAAAUAAUUGACAAUCAUGAAUUUACGUUCAAAUCGUUAUUAUCCAUCUGGAGCUGAUCAUCAAUCAACUGUUGCGGAAAUUUUUGGCAAUAAUGUUGAUGCAAAAUUUUCACCGCUUCAAACACCACCAUAUGUUGUCGAAGGACAAAUAGAUGUUGACCAAAAUCAAAAUUCCUUUGAUGAUAAUGUGAUUAAUUCGAAUGUUGAUUUUACAAAACCUGAACAAACUGGUUCGAUGAUACCACCAACGUCUACAAUUUUAAUGGUUACCGAACAAGAACUAAAUGAAGCAAUCGAUAUUGAUACAAUUGAAAUUGCCGAACAAGUGAAUAAAGAAUUGGAAACGAUGAAUAUUCAACGGCAAUUAUUCGGCCGUCAUGUAUUACAUUGUGGAUCGACAAAAAUGUUCAAUCUAUUACGGAAACCAAGACCAUGGUCUGAGAUGUUAAAGCACCCGAAACAAUAUUCGGAAAAAAUGCAAUCAUAUUUACUGUUGAAAAAAUGGUUAGAAUUACCGCGACAGCAACGACAUGAUGAACUUGUUGCAUUGAAUGAAUGGUAUUUACAUUUGGCUGCCAAUCGUGAACAAGAACUUGGACAACCACGACCAUCAUUGGAUCGAAUACGUGGUGAACGAACAAAAUUCACACAAACACAAUUAACCAUUCUGGAAGAAUAUUUCAAUGAAAAUCCAUAUUUAACAGCGGAUAAAAUGAACGAAUUGGUUGAAAAAUUAAAUCUAGCUCCACCGAAAAUCAAUGAAUGGUUCCAUGGACGAAGAAAAAAAUGGUGUCAACAACAUAGUGAUAAUAAAGAAUUGAUUGAAAAUUUUCGAAAAAAAGGACGACAAUAUCGUAAUCGUAGCAAACAGAUGGCGUUCAAUGAUGAACAAAUUGAAUUUUUGGAACGAACAUUUCAUGAAAAUCCAUGGUUAGAUUAUGAACGACGUAGAGAUUUGGCAAAAAAAUUAGAAACAACCGAACAAAGGAUACGAAAUUGGUUCAACAGUCGACGAAAUAGAUUUAAACAUGAUCAAUUAUAUGUACCAUCCAAACCGGCAUCAAACUUGAUGAGAUUACCAAAAGAAAAGAAAGCGCCCACCAGAAUACAAAGGAAACGUGAACAAUGUGCUACAAAUAUACAGAGUUGGUGGCGUGGACAUUGUGUACGGAAAAUUCUUGAACAGCAAUCACCAAAAUUUACAAUCAUUCGCGAACGAUUACGUUUCAUACGACAAAAUCUGGCGGAAAAUAGUGAUAGUUUAAUUCGUCAAUUUUUAAAUGUUUCCAAAUUGAUUGAAAGAAAUUUUUCCAUUUCGAAUGAUCAACAAAUACCAAAAGAAACAACAAAAGCAUAUCAUCUACCAAGUUUAACAAUGAUGAAUGAUCAGAUACAAAAAGGUUGCCAACUAUCUUUACAGAUAUUCGAAAUAAUUCAAGAUUUUGAACGACAAAAACAACAGGAUAAACAAAAGGAAACGGAAAAGUUAUUACGAAAUCGUUUAACAAUGAUGGGCCGACAACAGCAAACAAUGUUGAUGACAUUACAACGACGUAAUAGCAAUAUGACUAAUAAUCAGAAUAAUGUUCGGCGAUCAAAUCGAAAAUUGGCCAAACUUUCGAUAACAAAAGAUGAUUCAUCAAAUAAGAUUGAUGAUAAUGAUGGUGGUGAUGGUAAAUAUUUGUCGAUAUCAUCAUCAUCUCCAGCACAUACAUAGUCCCCAAACAUGAAGCUUAUUUGUAUUAAUUUUUUAAAAAGAAAAUUAAAGUGA